AUGGAACUCGAACUAACCCGUGUCGAUUAUACGACCGUCGGAUUAACGGCACCCAAUUGCCUUCAGCUGCUACCACCCUCGUCGGGAACCAAUGAUCCGCGAGGAUCUACCAGGCAGCAGCAGAAAGCGGUCAUUGGUGAUCAGGAUGGAGUGCUUCAAUUGUUUUCUAUGAAAAAAGAUGAACUUCAGAUUCACUUUAAAACGUUACCGAGCGAUAAGAUCGCAUCGGUCAAACUCGGCGGUCAGAUGGGGUCGAUUGCGGAUAAAAUAUUUACUGCCUCGGAGAAUAAGGUUCGUGGCUUUAACAAAAAGGGGAAAAUGUUUCUGGCAUUUGAAACUAACCUGACGGAAACUAUCCGCUCGAUGUUCGUGAGCGGAAGUGAUUUGUUGGUGUGCGGAAAUCACGUGUACAAUCACUAUAAAGACUGCAAGGAGGUUGGGUCGUAUCUGUGCGGUGAUGCGAUCGUAGACGUGGCCGGUCUCUGCCCGAAUAAUACAAGUCGCCUUAUUACGGUACUGGCAUGCUCGGGGCGAGUCUUACGAAUUCUGGAACACUCACGGGUGCGCCAAACACUGGAAGUAGACAGUGUACCGACUGUGUUACAUGUACCCAAAGGUCUCGGCGAUCGCAUUCUGUGCGGAUUCGGUGACGGAAAAGUGAUUCUGUUUCACAUUAAUCUUCUGGUGAGUGAGGUAAAGCGGGAGAUGUUGGUUGAAGAUACGGAAAAUCUUAGUGCGGUUACCUGCAUCACGACGUACGAUUUAUCAGGAGAUGGAAAGGAUGAAUUGAUCGUUGGACGACGAGAUGGAACGCUUCAAGUGUUUACAAUGAAUUCAGAUGAAUAUCAGUUCGAAAUGGAAUGUACUCAGAUAUACCGCGAAAACUUCAACGAAAGUAUCUCGUGUGUCCAAGGCGGCAGCGUAGGUGCUAACAAUUACUCGGAAAUUGUCGUGUGUACGUACUCAGGUCGAGUGUUUGGUCUGACAACCCAAUGUAUCAGCAAAAGCUUGAGCGAUAGCAGUAAACGCAGUUCAGCCAAUAUGGCUCCAGGCAGCUCUACAAAACUACACAAACUACGGGCUGAAAUCUACGAGCUUGAACAAGCGAUCACUAGGGAACGCGAACGUUAUCAGCAAUCGACACAAGCUCUGUCUACAGGACUAUCAGCGAUCCCAAUGCUGUCGGUUAACGACUCAAUGCUCUUGUGCCAGGAGGAUGCGACCUAUGCGUUAACUAUCGAAAUCCCCACUCCGAUCGAGCACGUGCUGUUGCAGUGCGACGCACCGAUCAAUCUGAUCGAUGUGGAGAAGAAUUCUGCCGUUGUGAGCUUCAGCGAGUGCGAUAAAAUGAGCGGCAAUAGUCUACUGGCUAGUUAUCGUUGUCAGUCCAAUACCAACCGGGUUGAUCUGAAGUUCCGCACAGUCGAAGGACAGUGUGGUACUCUGCAGGUAUACGUUACACCGAACCUACAACCGAAGUGUUGUCAGCUCAAACGGUACCCCAUCAAACCACUUUCGCUGCACAUGAUUGUUCACAGCUUAUCGGAUGAUGUGAAAGCUCGACCGAUGGCGGUUCUUACACUGAAGGGAGCCUUUAGUCAAGCUGAGAUGCACAACUGGCUGAUGAACACCAUUCCGGAGAUACCAGAAAAGACCUACGAGAACGACAAGAUACGAUUGAUAUUUCGACACGUGUUUGUCGGCACAGUGCUCAUCUGUGAGUACGGUAAGGCGGAGGCCGACUUUAGAAGUGACAACAUUUCAACAAUCUCGAUUCUCAAAGAUUUUAUUACCAAGGAAGCGACUAAAAAACGGAUCAAACUUGAAAUCAUUACCAAUGUAAACGAACAAACCAUACCAGGAUUAAUAAAACUUAUCGAACCCAAGAUUCUGCACUACAACAAACUGACCAAAGACUACCAAAUAUUGCAAGCUCUCAUCGACUUAGACAUACGCAAUGACGAAGAAUUAAGCACACUUUCGGAAGAGUACCAAAAUUUGUUGAAGAACCAACGACAAAUAGAGAUAGAGUUCAAAAAACAACCAACCAUAUUGAAUCGAAUCUACGGAAUUCUGACCGAUCUCUACAUCGACAAGUUCAAAUUCAAAGGGGUCAACGUGAAAACAAAACUUCCGCAACUGAUAGAUUUACUCGGGAACUAUAACUUUGAUGAACUGGUGCAAUUUUUCAGUGUUAUUAAAGCUGUUGAUGAUGAAUAUUAGAAUCUGUAGUAUUCUGAACCUUCGGGAUCAAUCCCAGAAGAUGAGCGAAUGGUAAUAAAGAAA